AUGACCUCGAAAACAUUUAUAGUGACAGGAGCUUCGAGAGGAAUUGGUAGAUCAGCAACACUUUUCAUGGUAAAAAAUUUUCAAAAUAAUAUAUUAGCAAUAUCACGUUCAAAGGAUGAUUUGGCGAAUUUGAAACAGCAUGUUGAAGUGGAUUUAAAUUUAAAAGAUAAAUUAGAAAUUGUGGUUGGAGAUGUUGCAGAAGAAGCUAUUAUUGAUGAGGCGAUCAAUAAAUGUCUAAAUAAAUGGAAACGAAUUGAUGGAGUUGUUUCUAAUGCAGGUGUUAUUGAGCCACUUGGUAAAAUUUUUGACACAAAUUUAGAAGAUUGGAAAAGGUAUGGAAAUGGUGGCAAUAUAAUUUUCACUUCAUCUGGUGCUGCUGUGAAAGCUUGUUAUGGUUGGGGAGCAUAUUGUUCAUCGAAAACAGCUUUAAAUAUGUUGGUUAAAACUUUGUCGAUUGAGGAAGAUAUUAUCACAUCGAUUGCAAUUAGACCAGGUGUAGUAAACACUGCAAUGCAAAAAUUUAUCAGAGAGAAAGGUGAUAAUACUAUGUCCAAAAAUGAUCAUGAAAAUUAUAUAAAAUUAUAUGAAGAUAAUGAAUUAUUAUCACCUGAUGAACCGGGAUAUGUUAUAUCUUCAUUAAUUAAUGGUAACAAAAAUGAGAUUCAUAAGUUCAGUGGAAGAUUUAUUAGUUGGAAUGAUGAAGCGUUAAAUAAUUUUAACAACAAAUAG